CAAAAUAGAAGAUUUCCUUGCUUCCUGUGCCACCGCCCUCUCUCUCUCUUAGUUUUACAGACAUAGAAAUAAGAAACCCUGAAACAGAGAUAAAACAAAGCACAAGUUUUGAGUGUGUUUUUAGUGUCUCUCUCUUUCUCUGUCCUUAAAACAACCGCCUUUAUUACAGAAACACCCCUUCCUUCUUAUAAUCUCUUUACCAUCUCUUCUCUUCACAGAGGAGAAACAAAGAGCUGAGACAGAAACUCUCUCUCUCUGUGCCCAAAAUUCUGUUCUGUGAAAACCCACAAAUCUAAGAGAAAUUAUGAAUAAACAAGAUGUGAUGAAGCUUCAGACUUGUGUUCUGAAAGUAAACGUACACUGUGAAGGCUGUAAACAUAAAGUGAAGAAACAGUUGCAGAAAAUCGAAGGCGUGUACUCUGUAAAAGCAGAUGUAGAACAGGGGAAAGUCACAGUCACAGGAAACGUUGACCCAGCGAUUUUGGUUAAGAAACUGAGCAAAUCUGGCAAACACGCCGAGAUCAUAGGCGGUGGAGGAGGAGGAGGAGGCGGCGGGAAAGGGUUUCCUAAUCUGAGUGGGCAAUUUGCUAAUCUCAACAUGAAUGGUAACAAUAAGCCUAAAGGUGGAAAAGAGAGCAACCAAGUGAAGGGAAAAGCUAAUGGUGGUGGCCAGAGUCAUGGUCAUGGUCAUCCAAUGCAACUAACUCCUCAGCAGAUUCAACAGAUGAUGAUGAUGAAAGCUGCUGCUCAAGGUGGUGGUGGUGGUCAUGGUGGGAAAGAUAUGAAGAUGAUGCCUCCUGUGGCAUCAAAGGAUCAGAAGAAGUCGGUUAAGUUUGCGGAUGAAGACGAUGAGGAUUUCAGUGAUGAUGAUUACGACGAUGAGGACUUCAGUGAGGAUGAUUAUGAUGAUGAUGAGUUCGAUGACGAUGAGGAUGAGGAUGGUGAGAUGGGAGGACAUGGUCACAUGCCUCCUAAUAAGGUGAUGAUGAUGCCUAACAAGAUUCCUCCCAUGGGUCAUCAUGGCGCUGGUGGGCCUAAGGGUCCUAAUGAGAUGAUGAUGAUGAUGAAUGGGUUCAAGGCCGGUGGUGGCGGCGGAGGAGGAGGAGGAGCGGGGAAGAAAGGUGGUGGUGGUGGUGGGUUUGAGAUUCCGGUGCAAAUGAAGGGGAUGGUUGAGGGUAAAUUAGGAAAAGAGGGUAAAAAAGGAGGUAAAGGAGACAAUGGUAAGAAAGAAGGAAAAGAGAAGAAUAAAGGAGGUGGGGGCAAAGCCGGAAAAACAGAUGCCAAAAGUGGUGGUGGCCUUCUAGGGUUUUUCAAAAAGGGUAAAAGCGGAAAAAAAGAUGAGAAGAAGGGAGCUAGUAGUAAGAAAGAAGGCGGUGGGGGUGAUAAGGUAAAAUCCUCCGGUGGUGGUGGUGGAGGAGGAGGAGUUGUUCAUCAUUAUGAUAAUGGGCCUAAAAAAGGAGGAGGUGGGUCCAAAGGAGGAGCCCAUGGGACCCACGAUAUUGAAGAGCUUAUGAAACACAGUAAAGGAGGAGGAGGUAACAAGGGCAAUCAUAAUCAUAGCGCCAAGGGAAUUGGUGGGCCAAUGAGUCAAGGUGGUCCCAUGGGUAUGAUGGGUCAAGGUGGUCCAAUGGGUAUGAUGGGUCAACCAGGUCCGAUGGGUAGUAUGAUGGGUCCAAUGGGCGGUUCAUACCCGGCGGUUCAAGGCUUGCCGAUGAGUGGAGGAGGAGGAUUUUAUCCGCCACCGCCGCAGGCAAAUCAUCCAAUGAACCAACAACAACAGUAUAUGCAAAUGAUGAUGAACCAGCAGCAACAACAACAACAGCAACAACAAGCGGCAGCUCAUGGAGGCUAUGGCGGUGGUGGUGACAUGUACCAUCCGAUGAUGUAUGCUCGGCCUUAUCCGGCAGUGAAUUAUGCUCAUCCUCCCCCAAUGCCACCUCCACACGCGGAUUCUUAUACGGAUAUGUUUAGCGAUGAGAAUCCAGGUGGUUGUAGUAUCAUGUGAUCUUUCUUUGUAAUGUUAAUUAGAAAACCGAAUAUGAAUGUUUGUCUUAGUCUUAUGUUUUUUUUUUUUUUGGGCUGUCCUUUUUAACUGUGCCGAGGAUUUGAAACAAAAUGUGCUUUAAUUUUGUUAGUGGAAUGAUGUUUAUAAUA